AUGGCUGCGCACAAGCAGAAAGUUAUCUUCUUUGAUCUUAUGGGCACCUGUUGCGACUGGCUUACUUCGUUGCUACCUGCGCUACAAACAUGCCCACCACAUUCUUCAUUGACUCCAGCAGAACCGAAACUUCGGGAGCUCGCUAUCGCCUGGCGGGAAGGCUUCUUCCAAGAGAUACACGCCCGCUUCGACCGCGGGGAAACUAAUGAGGAUAUUGAUAUCACCCAUCGCCGUGUGCUCGACCGCAUCCUGAAAGAGAAAAGCAUCGACCAGGAUGUAUGGAAUGAUAGCGUGCGAGACAAGCUGGUCCAGCAAUGGCACAGUCAGACUCCUUGGCCUGAUGUCCUCCCAGCUUUGCGCCAAUUACGGGAAGACGGAGGGUGUUUUCUUGUAGUUCUGGCAAAUGGAACAGCGCGGUUGCAGCUCGAUAUUGCGCAGUCUUCGGGCUUGCCCUUCCAUAUGUUGCUUUCGUCUGAGCUGCUUGGGCUUACAAAGCCGGAUCCUGCGAUUUAUCGCAAGGCCAUGGAUCUGGUACGACUCUCACCUGAGGACUGCACCAUGUUAGCUUCUCAUCUCUACGACUUGGCGGCAGCGAAAAACGCAGGUAUGCGUACAAUCUACAUCCAUCGGGACACCGAAGAUGUGAAUACUAAGACUGUUGAUGUGGAUGGUGAACACAAAUACGUUGACUUGUACUUUGACGGCAGAGGAAAAAACCAGAACCCGGAUCAGGGAGCCGGAUUCCUUGCGGCGGCCGCGCAUCUCACCAAAAUUGAGAGACGAUCACAUUGA